AUGGACAGUGGCGACGCCAUAUCGACGACAAUCUUACAAGAUGGAGAUGUUCCGGCAGAGGUCCCCAAGGUGAUCGCCAUUGCCUUCAGCAACCCCGUGUUCCCACACUUCUCCACCAACGGCGUUUUCAAGCAAGAGGGUAUGAUGGACGAGCUUCUGGUUAUAUCGGAGAGUUCAUCCCCAUACGUAGGCGUGUUCAUGGCCAAAGACCCCGACCGCAGGGAUCCGAACCAACUGGAUAUGUGUGCCGCCGACCUGUUUCCUGUGGGCACACUGUGCAUGCUGGAUGAUGUGGUGCUGCAACAUGGGAACGCGCACGUCUCCCUCACACCCUUGCGACGAAUCCGCAUUGUGGAGCGAGAGAGGUUUGACGCGGCCAAGUCCCUCCUAACCGUGCAUCAGUCUACGGAAACAGAUAAGGGAAAUGGAAAGGAGAGUGAUGUGUUGAGUAGUACUACUAGCGAAAGUGUAUCGAGUACCUUCCCACAGGAAGUUGAGAGUAAGGAUACUGCUAAAGAUGAAGUGGGUGAAGAAGCGGCAGUAGAUAAAUCAGAAACCGUUGCAGAUAUCACAGAGAAAGAAUCAGCAGAGGCCGCAACGCUGACGAAUAGUGGACCAGAUGAGGACAAGCCGGCUGAGAAACCGUUUAUAUAUGUGAACGUGGUGAAUGUGGUAGACGAGCCCUAUGACAAAGAUGAUUCAAUGCUCAAAGGCACACAGGAUGCGCUGGUUGAAUGCUUGCGGGAAGCCAUGAGCAGGAGCCAGUAUGUUUCUGAUUUGGUGAUGACUCAAGUGCCACGUCUCAACACAGACAUAAUGCUUGCCCCUGGAUUGUUGGCUGACUUCGUGGGAUCGUUUGGGUUCCACGACCCCGGCGAGAGCCAAAAGCUACUGGAGGAAACAAACAUCAGAGAGAGGGUACAUUUGGCCCUGAUGCUCUUAAAGAAAGAGAUGGUGGCUCUGACUCUCGCUGCCCAGAUCCAAUCAGAGGUGCAGGAUGAUUACAUGAACACGCAGCGACGGUACAUGCUGCAACAGCAGCUGUCCAAGAUCAAGAAGGAGUUGGGUCUCGAACGAGACGACAAGGAAGCCGUAGUGGAGAAGUUUCAGAACCGCCUGAAACAGCUCCAUGUGCCGGAGGAGGUGGACCAAGUGGUCAAGCAGGAGAUGCAGAAACUGCAAUAUCUCGACAGCCACUCGCAGGAAUUCGGCGUAACUAGAAGCUAUCUGGACUGGCUGACGCAGAUACCUUACGGACUGCAAAGCGACGAUGUGUUUGACCUGGUUGCUGCAAAGACAGUACUGGACAAGGACCACUUCGGACUGGAUGACGUCAAGGAGCGUAUCCUGGAGUUCAUAGCCGUCAGUAAAAUGAGAGGCCCAGGGCAUACCGCGGGAAAAAUUAUCUGUCUGUGCGGACCGCCCGGUGUAGGUAAAACUAGCAUCGCCAGCUCAAUAGCAGAAAGCCUGGGCAGAAAAUACUUCAGAUUCAGUGUGGGUGGGAUGUACGAUGUAGCCGAGAUUAAAGGACACCGACGGACCUAUGUGGGUGCAAUGCCCGGCAAGAUCAUCCAAGGACUGAAACUAACCCAAACAGAAAACCCCUUGAUUCUCAUUGAUGAGAUAGACAAGAUUGGCCGAGGCCAUACCGGUGAUCCGUCCUCCGCCCUUCUAGAGCUUUUAGAUCCUGAGCAGAACAAAGCGUAUGUAGACCACUACCUGGACGUGCCUACAGACUUGUCAAAGGUUUUAUUCGUGUGCACGGCCAAUGUGACAGAUACGAUACCUGUGCCACUGCUCGAUCGCAUGGAGGUCAUCCGACUGUCCGGCUACGUGACUCAGGAGAAACUGGAGAUCGCCAAACGCCACCUCAUACCCGCGGCACGGGAUACGACAGGCACAAGCACGUCGGAGACUGUGAUCGCAGACGAGGCCGUGGAGGAGCUCAUCAAACACUACACCCGCGAGAACGGCGUACGAGGCUUGCAGAAGCAGAUAGAGAAGGUGCAUCGCAAGCUGGCCUUGAGAAUGGUCCGAGGCACAGAAGAUAAAGUAGCCAUAAGUUCGGAGAACAUACGAGACUAUGUAGGUAAGGAACUCUACGCAGACCCUAAGCUCUACCAGACCACUACGCCCGUUGGUGUAGUCAUGGGAUUGGCAUGGACUGCAAUGGGAGGGGCUGUGCUCUAUGUGGAGAGCGCACUCGCCGAUGGCAUGGGCCAUGGGAAGAGCACCAAAAACCAGGACAGCACAGAUACCGCCCACGACGAUUCAGGAUCUGGUCGACUCCUGACCACAGGUCGUCUGGGUGAAACCAUGGGCGAGAGCGCCAAGAUAGGCUACACCUACGCAAAGAACUUCCUGCACGGACUAGAUGCGCAGAACCGGUUCUUUCAAAACCACGCUGUGCAUGUGCACGUGGCAGAGGGUGCGGUCCCCAAGGAUGGCCCGAGUGCCGGUGUAACGUUUGUCAGCUCUCUGUUGUCGCUUGCGCUCGACCGACCACUGCGCGCCGAUACGUCGAUGACCGGAGAAGUGUCCCUGACUGGCAAGAUCCUGCGAGUGGGCGGUAUCAAGGAAAAGCUGAUAGCGGCAAGGGCGGCCGAUGUCACCACAGUCAUCUUUCCGGAGGGCAAUCGAGCAGAUGUCGAUGGUUUGGCGGACUAUCUGAAGGAGGGAGUGCAGAUACACUUUGCUUCGGAAUAUGACGAUGUCUACCGCGUGGCUUUUGCAGAUAACGAACAAAGCACUUGAGAUGGCUAUUUGACUUACUACACACCAGAGAUUUGGACAAGGCCAGUCUAAAUCACGUCACCAGAUGAAAAUCGCACACUGUCAGUCGCUAUACCACAAUACAGCUGAGACGUCUCAAAGAUGCUGCACUGUGAAACAGCAAUGCUGUGUUCCUUGUUAGUGUUAGAGACAAAUGCACACACCUAGAGACAAAUGCACACACCCACUUCUACACCUGGCCUACACAACAGCGUUGUCUUUCCGGAUUGGAAAAAGGAUUUGUUAGCGCACACAUUCAAAAUGGAGCUACAAAGCCGUCAUCCGCGACAUGUACAGUUAUAUUGCGGAUGGCAUGGUGGAC